AGAAACAGCGCCCUCUUGUGUCCCUGUCAGCCGCAACAGCUGUCAGUCUUGCUAAAUCAUGCAGCUAGCAUCGGGGCUAGCACCGUCCAUUUUGUUUAGCUGGCCCAGCUACCUCACCGACUGUGUAGCAGAGAUGGAUGAGGGUGACGAGCCGGGGUUAGUUCUCUCUCACAACACUUCCUCAGGGUCCAAAUCGGGCGGUGACAAGAUGUUUUCUCUCAAGAAGUGGAAUGCCGUAGCGAUGUGGAGCUGGGACGUUGAGUGCGACACUUGUGCCAUCUGUAGGGUGCAAACGCUUGUCUCCGAUGCCAGGCUGAAAAUAAACAAGAGGACUGUGUUGUGGUAUGGGGAGAGUGCAACCACUCCUUCCAUAACUGCUGCAUGUCCCUUUGGGUGAAGCAGAACAAUCGCUGUCCCCUAUGCCAGCAGGACUGGGUUGUUCAGAGAAUCGGCAAAUAAGCUCCGCUCGCAGGCUGUUUGAUUCUCCCUCCCACUGCCUGAACGCACCUCAGAGUGGUGGCAGACUCGACAGCGAUCACUGCAGUCCCCUUUUGCAUAGGCACCGACAUCUACUGCUCUCCUUGUGAGCGCGAGUGCAUGCUGUCAUCCCUGAUGUCCAAGGGGGGACAAUGGACAAAAUUGAAGUCCUGCUGACUCGAUGGUCACUGAUUGGCUGAUCUGGCCUGAGUGGAUGGAGGGCUCUGAGGAGUGGGACUCAUCUUGUUGCAGUGCUUGGUUGUAUCUUAGCUUUACAUUGUUUUUUCUUGUGUUCAACACAUAUUAAAUAUAUGUCUGUCUUUUUAACAAUAAAGAAUUGUGUAUAGAUCUAAAGCUA